GAAGGGUGUGUGAAAUGAGGUAUGGGGGAGGACAGGAGGGAAAGAAGGAAGGAAGAAAGAAGGAAGGAUUUGUAUUUUAAAAAGUUAUGUUUUGGGAAGGUUUCACAGCCAGUAAACUGCAAAGGUCUUCUGACCCUGAGUCUACUGCUGUUUUAUUGCUGAUGCAGCUGCUGUAAAAUCUUAGGCUAUAUUGCAAACACCUAGGACCAAGGGAAACUGGAGCAUACAAGUGACGUCAAGUGAAAGGUCACUUCUAUCCCCCCAGUCCACACCAGCCUCAAUCCAAAGGACUAUUGGACCACAGAUACUACAGCCUCCACCAGACUGAGUCCAGCACAACUAGAUGGUGUCCAGCUACCACCACGAGCUACUCUGACAGGGAUCACAAUAAAAGAGUCCUGGACAGAGCUAAAGAAAAGUGUAGAACAAAAUUCUAACUCACAAAAAAAUAGCAGACUUACUUGUCUGACAGAUACUGGAGAAACCCCAAGACUACGACCCCUGAGCACCCUUUUAACUCAGUACUGAAGUCACUCCUGAGGUUCACCUUUCAGACAAAGAUGAGAGAGGCCCAUAAAACAAAUGAGACUAACUGGGCACACCAGCCCAGUGGCAAGGACAAGAAGACAGAGGGGGACAGGAAAUCUGGUAACAGGGAACCCAAGGUUGAGAAGAAGACAGUGUUGACAUGUCAUGGGGCUCGCAACCAAUGUCACGAAACAAUACGUGUAUUAAGUGUUUACUGAGAAACUAAUUUCCUCAUAAAUCUUCAUCUAAAGUGCAAUUAAAAAACAUGUACUUAUUGAGAGCCUUCUGUCUGGGUCUAUUGCAUUUCUAGGACUUUUGGCGCUUACAUGAUCUUCUUCUCAAAAGUUAUUGAGCCAGUGACAGUUAUAAGCACUUGGAAUACAUUUGUUGCUAGUUGCUGUAGAGUCAGUUCCAACUCAUGGUGACCCCCCAAGAAUGCAGGAUAGAACUGAAUUCCACAGGGUUUUCAAGGAACCAGAUCACCAGGACUUACUUCCAAGGUGCUUCUGGGGGGUUUCAACCACCAAACUUUAGGCUAGUAGUCCCGCACUUAAUCAUUUAUGCCUCCCAGGGACUCAUCUGGGCUGUAUUAGUGUGAGGGAAAAAGAUUCUUUUCAAUGUAUACUAUAAAUUCUAGCAGGUAGAGGUAAUUUUUUAAUGUAAAUUAAUUGCCCAAUAUCUUAGAAAGUGUUAAGUCCUGUGAAGAAAAAGAAGUUGAGCUAGAUAAGGGGAUUAGGAGGGCUUGGGCAGGAGAAGGAAAGCUACAGUAUUUAAUAAGUUAGCCAAACACUUCUUUAUCCUGACAUUCAAUUUCUGGCUUGAAGAUAAAAGGUGAAAUAUUUACAGGUUAAAAAAAAUCCUGUAUACUGAGAAUGACUCUGACCACUAAAGAAGUAUAUGUUUUGUUCUAGGAACAGUAUCUGUAAGAAAUCAUGAAAAAACCUUAGUAUUAUUCACGAAUUUGUGCUCCUGGGAUUGUCCAGUGACCCCCAGAUCCAGACCAUGCUCUUUGUGCUCUUCCUGGUGAUCUACCUUCUGACCCUGAUGGGGAACCUGAUGAUGCUGCUGGUGAUUAGGGGUGAUUCCCACCUCCACACCCCCAUGUACUUCUUCCUUGGACACCUAUCUUUCCUAGACGUCUGCUACUCCUCAGUCACUGUGCCCAAGAUGCUGCAAAAUUUCCUGUCUCAGAAGAAAACCAUCUCAGUGUGGGGAUGCAUCACUCAAGGCUUCUUUUUCAUUCUUUCUGGAGGCACAGAGGGCUGCUUGCUCUCUGCCAUGGCCUAUGACCACUAUGCCGCCAUCUGCCACCCUCUGCUCUACCCUGUUGUCAUGAACAGGCCUCUCUGCACUGCAACGGUCAGUGCAGCAUGGGCGAUUGGCUUCCUGAACUCACUAGUGAACAAUCUUUGUAUUAGGAGCUUACAGUUCUGUGGGCCCAAUAUCAUCCCCCACUUCAGUUGUGAACAGCCUUCCCUCUUUGCUCUGUCCUGCACUGAUCCCACUGCCAACACCAUUCUUCAAGCUGGGUUCGCUGCAUUUCUAGGACUUGUGACCCUUUCCUUGAUCCUCUUCUCAUACUCAAAAAUCAUGUUUGCCAUACAAACUAUCUCCUCCUCUGGGGGCCAAAGCAAAGCCUUCUCCACCUGCUCCUCCCACCUCACCGUGGUGCUCUUGUUCUAUGGGACGGCUCUAUUCAGGUACAUCAGCCCUCCCUCAGGAUCAGUCCUAGGGCGAGUGGUAUCUAUUCAGUACUGUGUGAUCACAUCUUUGCUGAACCCCCUCAUCUACAGCCUCAAGAACCAGGAAGUGAAGGCAGCUCUGCAGAGGGUGCUGAGGCAGCAAAUAUGUGUCUCAGGGUAAGAAAGGGGCAGCAGGAUUUUUGCUCUAUGAAAAAACAAGUCUACAAGGAAGAAGAACUUUGUGAACUCAGAGCUCCUGCUGAACUUGCCUUUUAAUUAAAUUCAACAAUAUUUGCUUCUUAUUCAAAGUGAAGAGACCUCCACAAGUUGAGAAAUAUAGUGAAGAAGGAGGAAUUUGUGCCUGUGAAAAAAGGGUUGGUACUACCUCUACCCACAGAGUAGCUGUGCGCUCCUACCACAGCCUUUGUAAAUUAAUCCAGAAGGGCUACCCUGGCCGCAGCAGAGGAAGCUGGACAAGAACAGAGACCCCUAGCCCAUGACUUUUUUCUUCGCUUUGGAGUUGCACAAAGGAUCUUAAUAAUAAAAGGCACAUUUUUUUUUUAAGAAGAAGAAGACAAGAUACAGAUACUGCUCCAGGAUGAGACA